AUUAUCAAUUGCCCUCCAAUAAUAAUAAUUAAUAGAAUUCACAUCCUUAAACGUUGAAAAUAUUAAAAAAGCUCCAUUAAAGAGAAGAACGAGUCCUCAUAUUAACAACUUUAUCUUGAGAGAAAAAGUGGAUAUUUGAAAUUUCCCGCCAUCAUCCGUAUAACCAAUACACUACUGACGGCACAUCAAAUUAACCACCCUGUAACGAACAUGGCGCAUAUUGUCUGCGUCUAGCGUUUCGGGUUCGAUCUGUUUUCGCUAAAAUCCGUGUAACUGCCCGACUUUUUUGCCACCAAAUUACCAACAAUCGAUCGAGUAUGAUCACACAUACCAGAAUCACCAACUAAUAUCACACGGACUUUAUCAAUUUCUGCCAUUUCACGCCAUCCAAGGAAAAUCUAAGAAGCAGCUUUUAUAAUGUCGACUAACGAGCAAAGAUACGUGACUGAAGUUCCGAGCAGCUUGAAACAGCUAGCUAGACUGGUAGUUAGGGGAUUUUAUACAAUAGAGGAUGCCCUGAUCAUCGACAUGCUUGUUAGGAACCCAUGCAUGAAAGAAGACGAUAUCUGUGAACUUCUUCGAUUUGAAAAGAAACAGCUACGUGCUCGAAUAUCCACCCUCAGAAAUGACAAAUUUAUUCAAAUACGUCUAAAAAUGGAGACUGGUCCAGAUGGGAAAGCUCAAAAAGUCAACUAUUAUUUCAUAAACUAUAAAACAUUUGUAAACGUAGUAAAAUACAAAUUGGAUUUAAUGCGAAAACGAAUGGAGACGGAAGAGCGUGAUGCAACGAGUCGCGCAAGUUUUAAGUGUCCAGGCUGUAACAAAACAUUUACUGAUCUCGAGGCGGAUCAACUAUUCGAUUUUUCCACCGAGGAAUUUCGUUGUACUUUCUGUGGAAGUGCUGUAGAAGAGGACAUGUCAGCGUUACCAAAAAAAGAUUCUCGCUUGCUGUUGGCCAAAUUUAACGAGCAACUCCAACCAUUAUACGACUUAUUGCGUGAAGUAGAAGGCAUUAAAUUAGCACCAGAAAUAUUAGAACCAGAACCAGUAGACAUCGAUACAAUUCGAGGAAUCAACAAACCUGUUCAACGGCUCGAUACGCAAAUGUGGUCUGGCGAGGCAACUCGCAAUCAAGGCUUUGCCGUCGAAGAAACUCGAGUGGAUGUUAGUAUCGGUGAUAAUGAUACAACUGAAGUAGCAACCUCUCGAAAGGAUCGUCCAGUUUGGAUGACGGAGAGUACAAUUAUUACCAACGAGGAAUCAGUUAGUAAUGCCGACUCGAUUCUGGAGCAAGCAGCUCAAACUUCAACCCAACCGGCUGCUGCAACGACUGUUUCGAAUAAUACACGUGGCAGGAAAGAGAAUGAAGAUAUUAUGUCUGUGUUAUUGCAACAUGAGAAGCAACCGGGCAAAAGUGAUAAUGUAUACAAAGGCCUUAAAUUGGGAUCAAAGAGUGGAAAUUCAAGCGAUUCAAGUGACGAUGAAAAGGAUAUUGAUAAUACAGAAAUACCGAGCGUUGAUUUCAUGAAUUCUGAAUCAGAAGAAGACGUCCCAACGGUGCAUGUUGGUGGCCGCCCUUAUCCAUUAGACGAAAUAAAUGACAAAUUAAUAGAGCAAAUGACACAACAGGAGAAAGAUAAUUACAUUCAAGUAUAUCAGGAAUAUUAUAGCCAUAUGUAUGAUUAAUUUUGUUUAUGUAAUUUUUAAGUGUAAUAUAUUGCAACAAAAUGAACUUCUGUUGAACGAAUAUUGUUUGUAAUGAAAUAAAUGAAUUUCUACUUAGUGACAAUAUAUUGAGUGUACGGACACCCUGUGGGUGAUUUCUCCAUGGUGAGUUUUGAACUGCGCCAGCUGAUGGCCUUGUCAAUGAAAAUAAGUAAACAAACCUUUCUUCUUGUUCAGUAAUUUUUUAUUUACGAUUUCACAAAAAUGGUAGACAAAUUAACAAACGAGCUCAACACAUUCAAUCAUGCAAAGAAAAAGAAUUGGCGACGAAACUCCAGAAGCAACAGCAAGAAGAGGCGCUAAUAGGAAAACAAAAAAAUCCAAGUCAUGAUUAGCACAGCGAAAACGAUACGAAGUUUCAAACACUACCUUUUUCAAAUACUUUUGGGUAAAUUUUAUUCAAACUAACAAUGCUACAUUUAGUUUUACAUAAACAUACUCCAGGCAACACUUUGUUAAUAAUAAUUGUUAUAGAUAAAUAUGAAAAUAUACAAAAAAAGUUAAAUAAAAAAUAUUUAAAUAGA